AUGGGCGACACAACAGCACAUGGGAAAUCGCCUGGCCGUAGAGUUUCCCGACCUACAAGUAAACCAUUGAAGCGCAGAAGUCUCGUUACCGGUGACUCGAAUGCCCCUCGCGUUGUGACUUCAACCGCCGACAACAAAGACAAAGAGAUGGCGGCCAGUUUCUUGCAAUACUGUGCCAUGUGCGAGAAACAAAUCACGACUCCCUCAAACUCCAUCCUCUACUGCAGCGAAGCAUGCCGCCGCAAAGACACAGCAAAGCCUCUCUCAGCGUCAAACUUGACCUCCCCGUACAAUGAAUACUCACCAUCGUUGUCUCGACCGACCCUGCCCUCGCGCAUGUCGAGCACGAGUCCAGAUUACUUCAGAUCCACCAACCGGAUACCCUCCGACAUCCACCACCACAAGUCAGAUCUCGACCCAACCGAGUGGAAGCCCAAAUUAGCACACCGCGGCGCCUCCGAGGCGUUUCGCUAUUUGUCUCGUUUUCACCAGACAAUGAUGGACGGCGACGCUGCCCCACAACACGUUCACCGCCAUAAGAGCAGCGCAAGUGCAAGUCUGAGCAUGAUGACCACGCCGAGCCUGGGAAACACGCCGACCACAACGUCGUCGAGUUUCGACAGUGCGUACUAUGGAUUGAGCAGUUUCAGUUUCAGCACGCGCCCGCUACCUCCGCGCCAGAACCCGAUGUACUCGACCAGUGCGAACGGGAAAGGCAUUGACCUCGUGACGCCGCAUAUUGCGCCCUCGCUGGAUGCUACGGUCGCCAUGUCUGUGCCUGGCACAAUCACCUUCGACGAGGACCUUUGGGGAAAGAAGGUCAUUGUGCCUGGGUCGACGCCUCGUAGCGGAGAUGGGAAAGGUCUGGGCGCAUUGUUCUGUAAGGAGGAGUAA